AUGGCCCCAACAGUCGAAAUUGCUAUACCUACAACAUCCCUCUCACAAAAUACCCCUCAACACACCCUCUACCACAUAACUCUCCGUCUUCCGCUACGGUCCUUUGCCGUCACCAAGCGUUACUCCGACUUCUCUGCAUUUCACGCAACGCUGAUCAGCCAAACCAAUGCCCAACCCCCAGCUUCCCUCCCCGCAAAAUCCUGGUUCACCAAUACAGUCUCCAACGAGCGCCUACGCGAAGAGCGACGACUAGGUCUUCAAGAUUAUCUCCAAGCUAUAAAUGAAUCUCCGGACGCCCGAUGGCGCUCCUCUCCAGCGUGGCGUGCAUUCCUGAAUCUCCCCACCGCGGCAGUCUCUGCAGCAUCAACAACCAGCAGCAUCUCCUCUAGGCUCCACGCGACCAUAACAGACCCCGGAAAUGGGGUUAACUCCGCCAUCAACGACCCCACGCUUUGGCUUGACUUCUUCCGUAACAUGAAAUCUCAUCUCCACGAUGCUCGACUGGCUCUUUCACGCCGCGACCAAGAAACAGUGCCCCAGAAACAGCAUGAGAGCUCUGCGCAAGCAAAAAGUAACCUUGUCCGUGCGACUUCUAUGAUAUCUACACUGGAAGAAGGUCUUGUGAAUCUUAGUGGUCGGGGGCAGUCGUCUAAAAAGGAUUCCGCUGCACCUUCUCUCGGAGAAGGCGAGUUACGCCGUAGAAAAGAUUUGCUUAUUAAUGCACGGAAAGAGAAAGAUGGACUGGAGAAUUUGUUACAUGCUAUGGCGGCGAAGAGCCAGCUUGAUAAUGCCGUCGCCUCGGUUAAAGAUAAGGAUGCGCUUUUGAAGGUUGGGAGUGCUUCGGCGGCAGAGAAUGGGCGUCGCGCGCCGGCAAAGUCAGGCAGAGUGCUCGGGAAGGAGACGGAGCGGACUCGUGAACUUGAUAAUCAGGGCGUACUGCAGUUGCAGAAGCAAGUUAUGCAAGAGCAGGAUGCAGGCGUUGAAGAAUUGAUGAAGGUUAUUAUUCGACAGAAAGAGCUGGGAAUUGCUAUCCAUGAUGAGUUGGAGGUGCAGAAUGAGUUGUUGAAGUUGGCGGAUGAAGAUACGGACCGUUUGCAAGCAAAGCUCGACAUUGGCAAGAAGCGCAUUGGGAAGAUUUCUUGA